AUGCGUAACUGGUCGGAUCUCGAUGAGAUGAUGACAUACUACCUUGCCCACCAAGACGAAGCAAUGGCAAUCGCGCUAAACAACUACGCCACCUUCCACGAACGUUAUCUCACUACAGCAGCAACGGCAUACUACUGGCGUCGGUUAUUCGCAGCAUGGGCGAGCGUACAAGGCUUCAAACCGCAACUUUACGAAACACGUGCCGAUGGCGAAGUGGUGAUUCGAGGUAUACCUUUCGAGGCUUAUGCUUUGAAUGCUGAAAAGCCGAUGCCGAAUCUCUAG